AUGAAGGCUGGAAUCGUUACCGUGUUGGCGCUGGCUGCCUCUGCCAGCGCCCAGGUCCGCCGUGGUGAGCGUCACCACCGCCACGUGCACCCAAAGCGCGACCAGGCUGUCGAGACCCACGUCGAGUACGUGACCGCGACGGCUCCUCACGCAGUUGUCUACGUCGACGGCAAUGGCAAGCCAAUCUCCACCGCAUAUGAUGGCAGCCCUGCCCCAGCUGCCACUCCUUACAAGGCACCUGCGCCAGCUCCAGAGAAGGAGGAAUCCUCUUCGGCUCCAGCACCUGCUCCUUACAGCGCACCAGCUCCAGCACCUUACAGCGCUCCGGCCCCAGCACCAAAGCCUGAAACCACCUCCUCAGCCCCCGCUGAACAGCCCAAGCCAGCUUCUUCAUCCGCGCCAGCUGCACCUUCGUACAGCAGCGGCUCCGGCUCCGGCGACUCUGGCUCCGGUCGCGGAAUCACCUACUCCCCUUACGUAGCUGGUGGUGGUUGCAAGUCGCAAGAUCAGGUCAAGAGCGACAUUGAGAAGAUCAGCGGCUAUGACUUGAUCCGUCUGUAUGGCGUCGACUGCGAGCAGGUCACCAAUGUUCUCGCCGCGGCCAAGCCAAAGGGCAUCAAGCUUUUCGUUGGCAUCUUCGAUGUUACCAAUGCCGGGAAGGAGGCCCAGACUCUCAUUGACGCUGUCAAUGGCGACUGGAGCAGCAUUGAUACCGUGUCCGUCGGCAACGAGUGGGUCAACGGCGGCAAGGGCAGCGCUGACCAGGUCGUGAGUGCCAUCAACUCGGUCCGAGGCCAGCUGAAGUCAGCCGGCUACAGCGGCAAUGUCGUCACCGUCGACACCUUCGUCGCCAUGAUCGCCAACCCAUCGCUUUGCGAGGCCUCCGACUACGCCGCCGCCAACUGCCACGCUUUCUUCGACGGUGGUAAGACUGCACAGGAGGCUGGAAGCUUCGUCAAGGACCAGGCCGAGCGCGUCAAGCAGGCUUGUGGUGGCAAGAGGACUGUCAUCACCGAGAGUGGCUGGCCAUGGCAGGGAGAGACCAACGGCGCUGCUGUUCCAAGCCGGGAGAACCAGCAGGCCGCUCUCAGCGGAUUGAAGGAGAACUUUGACAAGGACAUCAUUCUUUACACCGCCUUCGACGACAUGUGGAAGAGCGACUUCGCGGGCAGCUUCAACUGCGAAAAGUACUGGGGUUUCCUCCAGUAG